UGUAGUUCAACGAGUGGAAAAGUGACUAGAAUGACAAGUCAAUCUUGGGUGGCUGACAAGGCAGCAACUAUGCUUAAGAAAGAUCCAACCAUUGGUGCUGUGAAGAUACUUAAAGAGUUACAGGAAGAGCAUCAUGUCACACUUGACUAUAACACAGUGUGGAAAGGCAAACAAAAGGCAGCAACCAGCUUGUAUGGGAGUUGGGAAGAAAGUUUCAGGAUGUUGUACAACUACAAGGCCGAGAUAGAAUUGAGGUCUCCAGGGAGUAUUGUAGAGAUUGAUACAACCACAAGUGAAGGUGAAGUACAUUUCAGCAAGCUAUUUAUUGCUUUCAAGCCAUGCAUAGAUGGGUUUCUGAAUGGAUGUAGGCCAUAUAUCAGCAUAGACUCAACUCACUUAAAUGGCAAGUGGAAAGGUCAGCUAGCUGUAGUCACUGCUUUGGACGGUCACAAUUGGAUGUUCCCGGUGGCGUAUGGCUUUAUUGAGUCUGAAAAUGGAGAAAAUUGGGCUUGGUUCAUGAAUCAAGUGAAGAAGGCAAUAGGGGACCCUCCAGUACUGGCUGUUUGUACGGAUGCUUGCAAGGGUCUUGAAAAUGCUGUUAAAAAGGUUUUCCCUCAAGCUGAGCAGCGUGAGUGCUUUAGGCAUAUGUGGCAUAAUUUUCAGAAAUAUUUUCAUGGUGAUGUGUUUGGACGGUUGUGGCCUGCUGCUAGGGCAUAUAGGGCGGAAGAAUAUCAACAUCACAUGACAAAGGUGUUUGAGGCAUCUGAGAAAGCGUAUCCUUACCUUAGGGAUUACCAUAAUCUGUCAUUUGUCAUACACCAAUUAAAUGCAAAGACUCGAGGACUAGGACAUCUCAAGGCUAAAGCAUCAGCUGAUUGGAGUGGAGAAGUGAAAAAUGAUAACAAAGGGGAUGAAAGACAUGUCGUCAAAACACUCACACAUGAGUGUACAUGUCUGCAAUGGCAGCACACAGGCAAGCCUUGUGACCAUGCACUAGCCUUCAUAAAUGUUUUGCAAGCUCGCAACUUUGUGAACAUGGAGGAUUAUGUGCACGAGUACUACUCAGUUAGCAGAUUCAGGGCAGCAUAUGAAGGUGUAAUUGAGCCCCUUACGGACAAGAAUCAGUGGCCACAUGUUGAUACAGGCUUUGUGUUGCGUCCACCAAUUCCAAAAGGCAAGAAAAAAGGUGCUGGAAGAACAAGAAAACAGAGGAUGAAGAGUUGGUGGGAAGGUGGAUCAAGGAAGGGAUCAUUGAACAAAUGCAACAAAUGCGGGGACGUAGGACAUAGAGAAGCCGGCUGUCCUCAAAAUGGAACAAAGAAACGGAAAAGUAUGGGGAAAAAGAAUCCAUCUCCAUGGUUUGAUGUCUCAGUUAGCAAUGUGAUUCCAUCUACACCAACCAAGAGCAAGAAUGUCGCCACUUGUAGCAGUCCUGGAGCUGUGACAAGAAGCCAAGCGGCAUCUCAAGCUAGUCCUGGAGCUGUCACAAGGAGCCAAGCAACAUCUGAAGCUGCUACUCCACCACCAAAGUCUCCAGCAAAAGGAAAGAAGAAGAAAAUGACUCCAAAGAGGAAGAAAUUAAGCGAUCUGUGAUGAACUUGUGUUAUUGCUAUGUGUGAGGUGCAGACUCACUUUAUUGUUCUGUAUGUGAGGUGCAAACUCUCCUUUUGGUCCUGUGUAAGUGAGGCAGAGACUCACUAUUAUUCUGCUAUGUGUGUGAGGUAGAGACUCACUUUAAUUCUGCUGUGUAAGUGAGGUGGAGACUCACCUUUAUUUGUUGUCAUGCAGUUCUGUAGAACCUUGCUGAACUUAUUAUAUAUGCUAUCAUGGAAUCAUU